AUCGGCCCAUUAUCUCGCGCCUGCAGCUAACCGGGCUACAAUAACAUCUUCGACGCACUUGCGCCCCCUUUACAUCGUUUGCAUGAGUAGUUCGUGCUGGUGUUUUCCCUCCAUUAAAAAGGUGCAGCUAUACAAGUGGUGCAUCUACAUAUAUUCCCACUCUUCAGAAUGGAUUCUGAUAUACUGAAGAUAGAGGAAAUUGUGAUGGGUGGAGGGGAGACCAUUCAUUCUGCUGAUGUGAACACUGAGGAGACCGGGAAGCCGUACACCACGGUCAUCAUCCAGGAUCCUUCUCCGCCACCCGUCAUUCAGGCUUACCAGCAUGAGAGCUUGCAGUGUUUCCAGUGUUUUAUAACCUUCUGUAACUCUAAAGCCAAGGAAAGGCAUAUGAAGAAGAGUCAUCGUGAAGAAUACAAACAGCAGCUGCAGCAGUGUGACACACUCUUCACUUGUUAUAUGUGUGAUCGCACAUUUCCAUCUUCUGAGGAGCUAACACGGCAUCAGUCUACUCACAACAAGGAAGACAAGCCCUUCAAGUGUGCCCAUUGCAGAGAGAGCUUCCGUACCUUCUCAGAGUUGACCACACACCGGAGGCAGGUGUGUCCGGAAAGGCAGUUUGUAUGUAAAGGAUGUAACGAGACGUUCCGGAGAUCAACACUUCUCCGUGCCCACCGUCUGGCCCAGCACCCUGCUCGCCCCGAUGGAGAUGACUCUGAUAAUCCCAGCAAAACCCACCGCUGUGGUAAGUGUGGCAGGGGAUUUGAAGAAGAAUCUGAGCUGCUGCAUCAUCAAGAGAACCAUGCUGCAAGCGAGCACUGCAAUGGCAGCGGCCCUGUCAAGAGGCGUGGCCGGCCUCCUAAAGCUGAAACAAGCUCAGCAACUGUAGAGAAGAAACAAAAACUGAGCGAAAAUGAAACGGCAGAGAAGUCAGAAGACACGCCUCCGGCAGCAGCAGCAGAGGCUGCAGUGGAAGCAGCGGCUGAGGCAAAACCCAAAACAGGGGGAAGGCGAGGACGGCCACCAAAAUCUGCAUCGCAGGAACCCAAAGCUGAAGAUAACAAAUCCAACAGAAAGAAAACAAAGGCGGUUUCUCCGACAGCUCGCCAGAUCCCGUGCCCAGAGUGUGACCUCGUUUUCUCUGCACCAGCUCAGCUCCGAGCUCACAAGAAAGAGAAGCACACACAGCGCAAGGCACAUCCAUGCCAAGAAUGCGAGGAGAGCUUUAACCGUGCCGAGCAGCUGGAGGCCCACAUGGCUCGUGCACACAAGGCUGGCCGUUACUCCUGCUCAACAUGUGGCAAAAGCUUUGGCCGAGAGAGCAAUCUUAAAGCCCACCAGCAGAGCCAUGGGCAGGAGGAUGAGAAGUCUGCUGUGUGCGGCAAGAGAUAAGCUGAGCAUGAGAGAGGAAUGAGGCUUUGACAACAAGGGGUUAGGGUUUUAAGCAGGUUUAAAGCGGACUGUAGUGGGAGAAGACAAGAAAAACAUGUUUUUGGUUUGUAGGUUGGAGACAGGCUCCUGAAACUGUUCAGUUUUAUGUGGAAACUGGAAACCCACAAGUCCCGUAUGACUUCCUCAUUUCAUUUUCAAAUGUUUUUAUAGCUGUGGCAUAGUAUAAGGUUUGGGCCACAUUUUAAAAUGUAUAGCAUCGACCCCAUGUCUCACUUAUGCCAGGAUUGUAGGGGCAUCAACCUGAUGAUUAAAACAAAAAAUGUCCACUCGUAGUGAAAGGCUUUGCAUUUGGCUUUUAUUCAAAUAUUUUAAUGUGAUUUUUUUUUUUUUUUUUUUUUUUUAUAAACAUGAGUGAAUUGUUUUUACAUUAUUUUUUUUAGUAGUUUGGGAAGAAAGGUAUCUUUAAAUGAAAUUAGUUUGUUCUGAUGGUGAGCAUCAACUAGAGAAUUAGCAGAUUAUUUAAUUUCCUGUUGCACCACAAGGUUACUUUUAAAUUUGUUACCUGUGACUAAAAAUUCUGAAUUGUAAUAAAAGAUGAUUACCCAUGUUAUCCAAGUUUUUUAAAAAAAAAGAGAAAUUUCUAAUUGUAUUUGUCUAAUCUGUGGUUCCUAAUCACGACACAGCAAAACAAAAUGUACAGAACCCGUUGCUCUGUAGAAGUGAAUUCCGUCUCUUUUCAGCUACUUGUUUUGAGAAGAUUUGUAUCGGCUAACUUUUUAACGGUGCACAUGUUCUCUGUAUGUCAUUAAAACUUUAACCAGCAAUUAUAUUACUGUGAUUACUUGAUGAGGAUUGUUCAAUGUGAACUUUUUAUACCUCUCUUUUUAUCAUAGUAAUGCAGAUACAUGUUCACACUCUUAAAUACAGCAGUACGGUUGGUUCACAGCUGCAAUAUUGUUCUAAGUUGAAUUAUGAAGUAUGUGUGUUAAGAAGCAAGUACAAAUUCAUCUGUCCUCUCAAGAUGAAUGAGUACAUGCACAGUGGCUCAAAUGUUUUGAUUUAUUAUUGUUAUUUUUUAAAACUAUAGUAAUGCAUAAACUUUGACCACUGUAGCCCUCUGGGAGGGUAAAAAUGUAUCCUGCUGUGUCUUCAGUGUAAUUUUCCCCAUGUUGUCGUAACGGUUUCAAAUUAAAGAACGCUAUCUUAAGGAGCUGCUAUGGAA